GGCUAUCAGCGGUGCUCUGUGUCCCUCGGACACAGCGAAUCACCGAUCAUGGAAAGAGCUGAAGAUGUUGGCUCGGUCAUGUGAUCAGCUGUGUCCAAUCACUGAUCAUCAGGGCACUGAUGAUCAGUGUGCCCUGAUGAUCAGUGUAGACCCAGCAGUGCUACCUGUCAGUGCUCAUCAGUGCCUCGUGCCAGUGCCCAUCAGUGCCACAUCAAUGCCACAUAUCACUGCCUACCAGUGCACAUCAAUGCCACAUAUCAGUGCCCAUCUGAGCUGUCUUUCAGUGUCACCCAUCAGUGCCAGUCAGUGCCACCUAUCAGUGCUGCCAAUCAGUGCCACCUAUCAGUGCUAGUCAGUGCCACCUAUCAGUGCCAGUCAGUGCCACCUAUCAGUCUGCAUCAGUGCUGUCUAUCAGUGGCCAUCAGUGCUGCCUAUCAGUGCCGCUUAACAGUGCCAGUCAGUGCCACCUAACAGUGCC